GAACGAAUCGAGCUAAGAAUGAUUGAUACAUCGUUUUCUUUUAAAAAAAAACAGCGCGAUUUUUGCUGCCUUUUUUUGAAGUAGCCACUGCCGAGACUCUUUCAUAAUAGCACACUUUUUUCUCUAAGAGAAGUAACAAAAAUCUCACCAGUUCCCGUGUUGGAGUAACAGUUAUGUCUACAAAGAAACUGGCCAAAGACCUCGGGUUACUGAGGCAGCGGAGUCAGCCUUCUUCUGGGUCAAAGAAAUCAUUGGUAUCAAAUCAAAUAUUUUCAUACCUGAUUGUGAUUGACUUUGAGUCCACUUGCUGGAGAGAGAAAAACAACUACAGCCAGGAAAUUAUUGAGUUUCCUGCCGUUCUGCUGAACACCUCCUCAGGGGAAGUCGAGUCUGAGUUUCACACGUAUGUUCAACCCCAGGAGCACCCCAUUCUGUCCGAGUUCUGCACUGAGCUGACCGGGAUUACACAGAUGCAAGUUGAGGCAGGGAUUCCCCUCCAGAUCUGUCUUUCUCGGUUCUGCCGUUGGCUGCAAAACCUGCAGCUUGAGAGGGGUGUGGUCUUUCCCAAUAGACAACAGAAGUGUUCUGCAUCGUCACCUUCUCAAAAACUGUGUACUUUUCUCACAUGGUCAGACUGGGAUCUUGGAGUUUGUUUGCAGUACGAGUGUAAACGCAAGCAGCUCCAUAAACCUGAUGUGCUCAACAGCUGGAUAGACCUGAGAAGCACAUACAGACUGUUUUACAACAGGAAACCCAAAGGCCUGAACGGGGCACUACAAGAUCUAGGAAUACAGUUUUCAGGGAGAGAACAUUCAGGUUUGGAUGACUCUCGAAAUACAGCUCAGCUGGCAGCGAGGAUGAUGAGGGAUAUGUGUGUGAUGAAGAUCACUAGAAGCCUCGAGAGGACCGCAUCAAUGGUUAAACCCACGUUUGGAAACACAACUGCAGACAAGAAGAAAGAAAAACCCAACACCAAUAAAGAGGAAAGUCCGCUUACCCAAAAAAAACCCUCUGCAUCCAAGAUUCCUCCUAAAUCAUGUCAAAUAAAGUCAUGUUCAGAGAACAACAUAAUACAUUUCGACACAAAGGAAAGCUCAAGUUCAGCUCAGAGAACUGUUCAAACCUGUCAAAGCCUGAUCUCCCCCAGGACAGUUCUGAAUGGCACAACUACGCCGCUGUGGGGACGCAGCAGGAGGUCAGUUACAUCAGAGGCUGUCGCUAUCCUUUCCUCUUCCGUUGUGGUAAACGGUACUUCACCACACAGUGACAGCAGCAAAAGCCUUGUUCUGUGUUCUACUACUCUGGGCUGCCUUUCUCAUCUACCUCACCCAAACCAGCUCUCAAAAACAACCGCCACAGUGGAACUUGUGGAGGAGGAGGAGAGUGAAGAUCUUUCAGUGGAAACAGAGGAGCGGCAUGGUUCAUAUGACGAUGUGGUGUUGGCGGGUGAUUAUGUUAUUAAUGAAGCUGAUAGAGAGUGUUACACUGAGUACGUAUCACAUUUUGACAGUGGAUGUUAUGUGUGGGAAGAGCCUGACAAUUCACAUUUAACAGGGGGUCAGGUCACAUUAAGGGGCAAUAUGAGUGCUGACAACAACUCUAAAACCAGUCAUUUAUCCACAACUUCUGUAUCUACAAAGAAGAUGAGUACGGAUCAGUUAAAUAAGAUGGAGCAGCACUCACCGAUCUCAGAGCCAGAUACAUAUAUUGCUGUGCCAAAGAUUUUUACCUGGGGCUCCAAAACAAAUCGGCACAAAAUAGGACUUAAAACCUCUCUACAACAACAAGAAAAGUCAGAUGGAGCCCCAGGAAAAUCAAAGACAAACACACCCUCUUCACUCAGGCACAAACCUUUCAUCCCAGAACAGACCUCCACGCCUAGUACCUCAUUUGCCAAGCCCAAACCAGUCAUCGCGCAAAACGGGAAGCACAAAGAGACUCCAAAGUCUUCCUUUACCAUCUACACUGACCCAGCCAAACAGGCUGCAGUGUCCUCCCACCCUCCCUCAUGUAGCUCUCAGCACACCCCAAAGAAUGCCCUCUGCUCUCUGUCAGCCAACACACUCUCAUCGUGUACCGACCGUUCCUCAAUUUCUGCGACAGCGAAAGGAGGGCAGAAGAUCACAUCCCCACUGUGCGAAUGCGGCCGUCGUUCAAAGCGACAGGUCGUGUCAAACGGCGGUCCGAACCAUGGCCGGGGGUUUUACUGCUGUCCGGUUCGCCGGUCAGGCAGCGGAGGCAGGAUCCAGAAGGGAUGUGAGUUCUUCAAAUGGGAGCUGUCGCUGAUGAAGAGCAGAGCAGCGGCCUCUUCUGCUGGCACGUUCUCUGUCUCACUCUGUCAGAUCCGCUCGACUCUGAACUGUCGUCCACAGCAGAGGUCAACACUAAGAAAAAGCUAUUAGCGUGUCGGAGAAACAGCUGCACCUGCUCCAUCAUACCAGUCACACUGAGACUGAGAUAUUGUCAAUGAAAAGUAUAAGCAUCUCUCACAAAGAUGGUUCCUGAAUAACUGUAUUUUGUUGGUCAACCUGUGUCUUCUCUAAUAUUGGGGGGAAAAAAGAAAAACCUUCUGAAGAGAUAUGCUUGGAGGUAAUGAAGGACAUUUAAUUUAUUCCUCUGCCGCAUACUGAAUAUUGGAGAGCUGUCCUUUUAUGAAGUACAUACAGCAGUCAAAUCAAUGGCU